AUGGAAGGGACUGGCCAAGAUGCUGUGCUUGAAAAAUUUAUUGUCAGGACUGGUGCUGCAAACAAUAUUGCAUUUGCUUUUCUGGAAGAGCAUGACUGGGAUUAUGAUAUAUCAUUGGAGCAUUAUUAUGCCUGGAAAAAAAAGGAGACAGUAACUUCACAAUUUUCCACCUCACUAUCGUGUGAGAAAGUGGAGGACUAUGAUGCAGAUGAAAGCAGUGGGUGUGGAAAGGCUUUACGUUGGCCAUCUUACGCUUUUGUUUUACCAAAUUUAUUCGAUCAGCCUGCUGAUUUUAGAAAUUAUUUGGAGAAGGACUUAAUUGAAACAUCAACUCUCAAGCGACUUGAAAACUCUGGUCAUUUAAAUUGGUGGUGUUGGAAUGGUAGUGGACAGCGCAUGUGGCCGCUCAGUACCACUGGUGAUGGUAACUGUCUUCUGCAUGCAGCAUCACUUGGGAUGUGGGGAAUCCAUGACAGGCAGUUGAUAGGUAGCAGGCGACAUAUUCUCUGGCGUCGCUGGCGUUGGGCAGAAAGUCAAUCGAAUUUACAGUCGGGUCUUGUGCUAACCGAUGAAGAAUGGCAGCGUGAGUGGGACAAUAUCCUUCACAUGGCUGCAGCAACUCCGAGAACUUUUACUAACUCGGAAGAUGAUAAAACUGGCAAAAGUGGAAAUGCUGCUGAGCAAGUUUAUGAAAGUUUAGAAGCUAUUCAUGUAUUUGCUUUAGCUCAUAUUCUGAAGCGACCAAUUAUCGUGUCUUACGGAGUUUCAGUUGUAUCGGAUACAGUACUCCGUAAUGCCGUUGGUGAAGAGCUUUCACCUAUCCCAUUUGGUGGAAUUUAUUUACCUCUCGAAUGCCCAUCAAACCAGUGUCAUCGCUCACCACUUGUUUUGUGUUAUGAUUCUGCUCAUUUCUCACCUCUCGUAACAAUGCGUCACACAACGCCUACUACCGUUCAGUGUGAUUUUUUAAAUCUUCCAUUCAUAAAGAGAAAAAAUUUAGUAAUAAAUUGCAACAUCGGUGGCUAUUAUGGUAUUUUUGUUUGGCUCUUUAGUUUUCUAAAUACUGUAUUUCUUUUCCGGGUUUUCGCUAAAUAUUUUUCUUGAAC